ACGAGCACUCUCAAGUCAUGUCGCGUUGAAUCUAAAAUAAGAAAAUAGUUCAGAAGAUUGUGGGAAACAAAGCACUAAUACUAGUAUUUUUUUCUCCUUCAGACAAUGACUAAUUAAUCAACACACAUUCAUAGCGUAUAUUAUAAGCAUCAUGGAAAUUGUUGCGAAAUGAACUGGUAUUUUUAGUGAACAACAAAAACUAAUUAGUGAAAAGUGCAACUUAGUCACUAAACAAAUGAACAUGAAUCGCUAUAUUACUCUUCAUCAGUUAGGAGAUGGCACGUAUGGGUCGGUGGUUUUGGGACAAAGAAAGGAUACGGGAGAGAAGGUGGCGAUCAAAAGGAUGAAAAGGAAAUACUACUCCUGGGAUGAGGCCAUGAAUUUAAGAGAGGUCAAGUCUCUAAAAAAACUACACCAUUCCAAUGUUGUCAAACUCAAAGAAGUGAUAAGAGAAAAUGACGUCUUGUACUUUGUUUUUGAGUACAUGCAAGAAAAUUUGUACCAGUUGAUCAAAGAUCGCCGAGUGCCUUUACCAGAAGCAACAGUGAGGAACAUGCUUUAUCAAAUUCUACAAGGCCUAGCCUUCAUUCACAGGCAUGGCUUCUUUCACCGCGACUUAAAACCCGAAAACAUCCUUUGCUCAGGCCCCGACUUGAUCAAAAUCGCCGAUUUUGGUUUAGUCCGGGAAAUCCGCUCCCGUCCUCCUUACACUGACUACGUUUCAACCCGAUGGUACCGCGCCCCUGAAGUGCUCCUCCAUUCCACGACCUACAGCAGCCCCAUUGACCUCUGGGCCGUCGGAUGCAUAGCAGCCGAAAUAUACACCUUCCGACCGUUAUUUCCCGGGACCACAGAAACAGACCAAUUGUACAAAAUAUGUGCCAUUCUUGGAACUCCUGACAGGAAACAAUGGCCGGAGUGUUACCAACUAGCCGGCGCUGUGGGGUUCAAGUUCCCGUAUUUCACCAAAACACCACUUGGGGAUGUGGUGCCCCAAGCAAAUGCGGCAGCGAUUGAUCUAAUGGACAGCUUCUUGAGCUGGAAUCCUGCCCACAGACCGACUGCUCAAUCCGCGCUCAAACACCAGUACUUUCAGGUGGGCCAACAGUACAACGUCAUACACUCUGGAGUUCGUCAAAACCAAGCCAAUCAAAUGCAAACGCAACCCGUUGUGAUAAAAAAUGAACAAAUGUUUCCGUCCAAGCCAAGUGCACGGACUACUCGAAACCAGUACAAUCAGCAAAUGAUGGCGCCUCCGCUUCAGCCGUCUGUGCAAAUCAACAUUCAAUCGUUGAUCAAACCAAUGCAGGAGAAGCCGCAAAAUCCGCCCAUUGUUUACAGUUUCGGGCAGUCUGACUUUGCGAAUAAGUUUUUUCCUGGGAAUAAUAAAGCAAAUACGAAUAACAAUAAUAAGAAAAUAUCGUGGGGGUUGGAUGAUACAAUAGAUUACAAAGAGGACGAUUUUGCGGAUAUUUUAGGAAGUAAAAUUAAAACUCACGCUACGGAUAAAUCAAAGGAAAACAAAAUUAACUUGAGCCAAUACAAUCUCCAAGAUAUCCUGGAACCCCUAGCUAAGGCAAGCGCAGGGACUGCAAGGAGUCAAUAUUUGAGUGUUUCGAGGUAUGUAGCUGGACAACCCUCUGGUGUUCGGAGAGACUCAAAUAUCAGUCUUAUGUCUUCAUUUUCCACAUCUAGGAAGGAUAGUGGAUUGUAUAGCAACAAACCUAGUAAAGUAGAGCUACCAUCAAUUUGGAAUGAUCCUUUAACCAGUCUAACUUCUUCAAAACAGAGACCUAUUGAAAAUGUUAAUAAUAUAGCGGCCGAUUGGCUCAAUAAAUAGCUCAAACGUGUGACUUGGCUAGAUCUAGACGGUUCGAGACAAAAUCUUAGAAUUAAAAUGUUAUAAGUGAUUGGAAAAAAUCAAAAGUACGCAAAAUUGCAUGUAGCAUUGCUGAACAAACUUAUUAAUAUUCUUCAAAUUGUAUUUCAUAUUUUUUGGAAUGUUUCAUUUAAAAUGUUAAAAUAAAAUACUUAUUUAAUAUUUCUUGUUAAUUGUUAAUUUUAUUAAUAAUAUUAGGCUACAUAAAAAUAGCUAAUAAAAAUACAGACAAUACUUUACAAGUCAAAAAAGAGGAAAGGAUUUUAAGCUUAUCAUAAUAGUUAUGUAGCAAUCUGAGGUAAACUUCGAGGGUAUAUGGGACGCUAAUGUGACCAAGGUGAUCAAGACUUCUCUUUUAAGUGCUUUAAAGAAUCUUACAAUUCAAAUUCUGACUUUGGCGCCUUUGGUAGUAAAUGAAAUGGCUACACAGUAGGAAAUUUGAAAAUAGCAAUAAAUCUAUUCUACAGAGUGCGUUUUAUCGCCUCUUUUUUUGUUUAUAAAAGAGUUACAGCAGAAUUCGAGAAACAGGCCGUGUUAUUGGCUUUCUAAAUUAAAAAAAUUUUUUAAGUUUUAUGCGCCAUCUGUCGGCAGGAAGGUCUUAUGUACCGACAGUAACAGUAACCUUCAACGACAUUUGAAAUAACCAUUUUGAAACUGUCAAAACAGUUUUAAAAGUGUUUGUAUUAUUUGGAAUGGAAGGGCGAAGAAAAAGAAGCUCUUUGUUUGGAAACAAACAUAAAGAACAGCAAGCUGGCUGUAUAUUAAAUGUGAUUGAGGAUCUUAUGGAACAACAGAAGCGAUUGGAAGAAGUAAUUUCCAAUAAGCGGCUGCCACCUACAGAACAUAAGUGUGACCUAGCGAGUGUAUUAAAGAAAAAAGGAGUGACUUUCGCAGAUGUUGACAAUUACGCAAGUAUAGCAAUGAGUUUUCGAAACAAGCACGCAAUUUUUAUGGAAAAUGACAAAUUCAUGUUGGACGAAAUUAAACAAUUAAAUGCCGAGUUCAUUAAACGAUUACAAAAAUGUAUUUGACUAAACAAUUUAUUUCUUAUUAAAAAUUACACUUGA